UUCUGGUGAUAAACAUCAACAUUCCUCCAGAGCAUCAGAUUAACAGCCUUUCUCUCUCUCCGUCCCAGCAUCACCUCUUCUCUCUCUCAGCCUGACAAUCAUCAUUUCACCAUCUUGUCCACCGCCAGCUGUAUCUAAACCACUGCGCCAUGGCAACCUUGGAUGGUUUUCCCGCCAGUUUCUAUGGGGAGCCGGGGGUGUUGGGUAUGUUGGCCAAUGGGAUCAGUGCGUUCCUGGUUCUACUGCAGAACUUCAACACAGCUAGAACCGGAGUAUCUGCCGAGGGGGUGGAGAACAUUCUGGCAGGUGUCCAUCUCAUCCUGAUAGGUGGAGUGUGUCAGCUGAUUGCCGGACUCCUGUCGUUCCGUAAAUACGACCACCUGAGUGGCACAGCCUUCAUUGGCUAUGCAGCUCUCUGGGGCAGCUAUGGUGCCACACGCAUCUUCCUGGGUGCAUCCCAACCAAUCACAACUAACCUGACCAUGUCACAUGACCUGAUGAGUAACACGACCCCGCUCACUGCCCUCACGACCAACCUAUCCCUGUCAGCUGAACUCUGGAACAGCACCUCGCAGAGUCCUGAUUGGCUGUCUCUCCUGCUCAUCCCCCAGUCUGCCAUCGCGGGAUUGGUCCCCUACAUCCUUCUAUCCUUCCUAUUGGCCUUCUGCUCUGCCACGGUAAACGUCAUCAUGCCCUUUGUGUUCGGUGCCAUCACGCUGACCCUGCUGUUUGAGGCUGUGGCGGUGGGCGUGUCCUCGGCCUGGCCACUGGUCGUCUCUGGCAUUCUAGAACUCCUCAUCCUCCUUUUCGCCGUGUACGGCAGCGCCGCCCCUGUUGGUGAAAGGUCUGGCGCAGCGCUAUGUCCUCAAGGGGUUCGGCACGCCCCUGUUCAACGUGCUCCUGCUGGGGACCAACAGCCCUGCGGCCAGCGCCCAGAGCCUGGGACAGGAGAAGAAGAAGAACACCAAGUACGCUGAACCUCAGGCGCUC